UGUUAUACAAAAUUUUCGGCUUGUCACGAAGCGAAAUAGUUCCUCUGCUCCUGUGUUGAAUAUUUCUUCCUAACAAUUCGAAAAAACCGUGAAAAUGCCCGAUCAUUUAGGAGAAGAUAUGCGUAAGACUAAAAAUGAAGAAGUCAAAGAAGAGAAAGACAUUAAAGCUCUCGACGAAAGAGACAUCGAGAUUCUUAAGACCUAUGGACAAGGACAAUACACCAAAGCAAUUAAAAAUGUAGAAGAAGACAUUCAGUCUAUUAUAAAGCGUGUAAAUGAGCUCGCUGGAAUUAAAGAAUCAGAUACAGGUUUAGCCCCUCCAGCACUGUGGGACCUUGCAGCUGAUAAACAAAAUUUAGCCAAUGAGCAACCCUUUACAAGUAAGUUUUUCAAUUCUUGCGUUGCCCGCUGCACCAAAAUUAUCAAUGCAGAUUCCGAUGAUCCAAAAUACAUCAUCAAUGUUAAACAGUUUGCCAAAUUUGUGGUUGAUCUGGCUGAUUCAGUGGCUCCCACAGACAUUGAAGAAGGCAUGCGUGUUGGUGUUGAUCGCAACAAAUAUCAGAUCCACAUUCCUCUCCCACCCAAAAUUGACCCCACCGUCACAAUGAUGCAGGUGGAGGAAAAACCAGAUGUUACUUACAGUGAUGUCGGUGGUUGUAAAGAACAAAUUGAAAAGCUCCGUGAAGUCGUGGAAACGCCUCUUCUUCAUCCGGAGAGAUUCGUGAAUCUUGGUAUUGAGCCACCCAAGGGAGUUUUGCUCUUUGGUCCACCUGGUACAGGCAAAACGCUUUGUGCUCGAGCAGUAGCUAACCGAACAGACGCUUGCUUCAUCCGAGUAAUUGGUUCCGAACUUGUUCAGAAAUACGUCGGAGAGGGAGCUCGAAUGGUCAGAGAAUUGUUCGAGAUGGCUAGGACAAAAAAGGCAUGUCUCAUCUUCUUUGAUGAAAUCGACGCUAUCGGUGGGGCUCGUUUUGACGAUGGUGCUGGUGGAGAUAACGAAGUCCAGAGGACCAUGUUAGAGUUGAUUAAUCAGCUUGAUGGCUUUGAUCCUCGAGGAAACAUCAAGGUAUUAAUGGCCACCAAUCGACCUGAUACUCUCGAUCCAGCUUUAAUGCGUCCCGGUCGUUUGGAUCGUAAAGUGGAAUUCGGUUUGCCCGACCUGGAAGGCAGGUCGCAUAUCUUCAAAAUCCAUGCUCGUUCUAUGAGCGUGGAAAGAGAUAUCCGUUUUGAACUGCUGGCUCGUCUCUGUCCCAACAGCACUGGAGCCGAAAUUCGUUCAGUGUGCACCGAAGCUGGCAUGUUUGCUAUUCGUGCUCGUCGAAAGGUAGCAACCGAAAAAGAUUUCUUGGAAGCUGUCAACAAAGUUAUCAAGUCGUACGCUAAGUUUAGCGCAACACCUCGCUACAUGACUUACAAUUAAAUUUCAAAACACACGGUUAAACGGAUUGCCUGUUGCAUAUAAUACGUGUAUUCCGGCCAUUUUCUCUCCUCUAUUUUUUGUUUGUUUUUCCAAUGGCCCGUAAUACAAUGUGAAAGGUAA